UAUGCAACGACUGAAUGAACAGUGUACUGAUUUAUCUGUAAAGCCUAGUGUUCUUUGCAGGAAGGAAAAAAAGAAAAGGCUAUUUCUACGUAGAUGUGUCGUGUGUUUUUUGACGCUAGGUUAGGUGGACGUGUUUUAAUAGCUAAAUGCUGAUGUGUUAACUUUACACUAAAGCUUUGACUCUGUUUAGAAAAAAUCCGGUGUGGUGUGUUAAUGGCCGAUUCAACUGUUUCACGUGUAAUAUGUGAUGUUUGAUGUAACAGUGUCAUGUGUUCAUGGAGAAGUUUAUGUUCACGUGAACUACAGCUGAUAAAACACAUGAACUAUUGCUGAGACGACACAUGAACUAUAGGUCAGACAACACAUGAACUAUAUCUGAGACAACACUUGAAUGAUAGCAAACACAACAGAUGAAUUAUAGCUGAGACGACACGUGAAUUAUAGCGGAGACAACAUAUGAAUUAUAGCUGAGACAACAUGUGAACUAUAGCUGAGUCAACACAUGAACUAUAUCUGAGACAACACAUGAACUAUAGCUGAGGCAACACAUGAACUAUAGCUGAGGCAACACAUGAACUAUAGCUGAGACGACACAUGAACUAGAGCUGAGACAAUACAUGAAUGAUAUCAAACACAACAGAUGAACUAUAGCUGAGACAACACAUGACAACAAUCGUGAGUGAUAGUUGAGACAAUUGGCCUAAGGAUGCCAUACAUCACAAGGUACCACGUGAUCAGCCAGACAGGUCACGUGCUCACACUAGCAGGAUUUCUGCUGCACAUCAUAGGCGUGUCUACCGUCUACUGGGCAGAGGAUAAUGGGGGGAACAUGUACGGGAUCUUUGAGAUGUGUUAUCAAGAUCUAGGUCAAUGUUAUCCUAUACGGGUUGAGGAUCCUACAUUGAUUCUGUGUCAAGCCUUUGCUGUGAUAGCCAUCGUGUUGUGUGCCCUCUCCUUCGUCGCCAUCUUGGUGUACUGGUGCCACAUGAUGCUGGCCGAGCAACGUUUAAAAUUCUAUCUCAUAUUUUCUGUCGUGCUUGGCAUCCUGGCAGCGGCCAGUAUUGGAUUCUGUGACCUGAUGUUCUACCGCUACAUCCACGAUAUGAAGCUUGGCAAGUCAUUUAUAGAGAGCGGGGUAGGAGGGGUGGUCGUCCUCACAGGAAGUGUCGUCAGUGCUGGAUUUCUUGCCUGCAGACCACGUGACCAGUACCAGCCAAUAAACUGAUAGAGUCUGUAAUUAAUUAACAUUGAGUUAUUAGUGCUGUAAAUAGUUGAUAUUGAAAGUUUGUUAAAUGUUACUUUACAGAGAAAAAGCAUGUAUGUUUCAUACUACAUCUGUAAUACUAAAGAUGAGUUAUUUUGAAAACAAAUAAGGUUGCUACAUUGUUGACCGUUAAAAAUCGUGUUAGUGUUUUUGUUUCAAUUUUACCUUCAAAUUAGAAACCCAUUUAAAACAGAAAAAAAAACAGAAUUUUAAUGUUUUAAAAAUUAGCUUAUCAAAAUUGUGAAAGCAGAGACAUAGAAAAUAUUCAAAAUGCGUCCAAUCUUUAGACGUCAUACAAAAGCAUACAAUCCAUCCUAUGAUCAUGGCCUAGCUUGAAAUAUUGGGCCAUCCUAUCAUCAUGGCCUAACUUCAAGCCUGGGCACCCAAUGAUCAUGGCCUUACUUGAAGUCGUUAGCCUAACGUGAUGCCUAUCAUAAUUUUUAUAUCUAUUAAUUCUUGAAUCAUCAAUAGAAGUUAGCGAUUAUGCUUCUGUGAAA